GGCUUGGGCGAAAGCCCCAAAGCUUCCACCUUGCGCCGCCUGUUUAUCUGCCCCGCCCCCACCCCCAGCAAAGGACAUGCCCCUUUGAUAGUGUCGGGGCUCCCAGCCCGAAGAGAGAGGAGGGCGCCUCCCCAUCCCCGCCACGGCUUGGGGUUUUACUGCAGCAGCCUGAGGUGACAGCGACGCCUUUAGCCUCCUCGGCUGCUCUCAGAGCCCUGGCUUCCCUGCAUCCGGAAAGCGCUCCCACCUGAGAGGCUGAUCCUGGGAGAAGAAAACCAAAUUAAAACAUGUAGAAGUCGCUGGGCUGCUUUCCUCCGGGGAUGAGCCAUAUCUCCCAGGACUGAGUGGCAGCGUGGGGGAAGUUGGGACCGUAGAGCAAAGGGGGAGGGGAGUGGUGCAACCAGCAUUCUCUUCUGGAAGGAGUCGCUGGGAGCAGUGCGGUUGGACCCAAGUUUGCGUGGGAGUGUUUUCCUUUUGUCAAUAAUUAAUCGCCGGAAUCAGUCUGGCAGAAUUGGAGUUUUGGCAAUAGUGCAGACCGCGGGGCCGAACACCCAACUCUGGGAAGCUCGGAGGCGCCCAGCGCAGUGGGAAGCUCGCAGCACUGGAGGGGCGCCAAAGCGUCGGUGCUCACCCAAGCCGCAGGGAGAUACACCCAACCGGGAGAUGAAGAAACAGCAAAGCAAAGAGAAGUAACCCAUACAAGACCAUUCCGUCGGGGAGUAAGAACAGGAACCCAAACCUGGACCCUCCUAGGCAGGACAGACUUUCUGCAGCUUGAAGGAGCCAACCAUGGAUUUCAGGCGUGUGAAGGACUAUUUCUCCUGGCUCUACUACCAAUACCAAAUCAUUAGCUGCUGUGCGGUCUUAGAGCCCUGGGAGCGAUCCAUGUUCAAUACCAUCUUACUCACCAUUUUUGCUAUGGUGGUGUAUACGGCCUAUGUUUUUAUCCCAAUCCAUAUCCGCCUGGCUUGGGAAUUUUUCUCCAAAAUGUGCGGCUAUCACAGUACAAUUUCUAAUUGAUCUCCUCUUCAUUCUAUGAAUUGGCACUGCAUAUGUGUAUGUUACUUACAGUUUAUUGUUUGAGGUGAAUACUGUGUCUUCUUUCACAAUCUGACCUAAAAAGUUCUCUCUUCUCUAUGCACUCUGAAAUCCUGCCUGAAAUCUGAAAUAGGUGUCUCUUUAGGUUCUUUUGUACAUGUUACAUUGUGCAUAGGUACUAUGAUGACCUUACCUCACAUACCAUAUUUUCUCAACUUAAAUCUAUGACUUUAAGGUUUUUUUUAAUCAGAAAAUUUCAUAUAAAAUGUUUCUGGAAAGUAGGCUCAUAAAAGACUUACCAGAAUCAUGUUUCAAGUGUUCCCUUGAUACCAAUUCUAUACUAAAGAAUAUAUUUUUAAAAAUUUGUUCAUAGGCUACUGUCAAAAGUAUCAUAUCCUUGUUUACAAUAUACAGAGGAUGCCAAAAAAAGUAUACACAUUUUAAGAAAGGAAAAAACUAUUAAAAUUGUAAUGCUCAA